GGAGUGUGGCCGGAGCGGCGGCGCGGGCAGGUGGGUGCGCGGCGGGGCCGCUGCGGGGGGAACGGGCACGGGCGGGCCGCGGCCGCGGGGCCCCACCCGCCGCCCCGGCCGCGUCUCGAGAAGGCGGAGAACGACGGGGGGAAGUGUCGGUGCUUCACGGGGUCCGGCGCUCCGUUGAUACUAGCGGCGGAAGGGUGCCGAGGGAACCCACCUGACUGACCUUCUCCCACGCUUGGCUUCUGGAGUCUUAUUUUCUUGGCCAUGGCUACUUCUGAUAUCCAGGUGAAGGAGCUGGAGAAGCGAGCCUCUGGGCAGGCCUUUGAGCUGAUCCUCAGCCCCCGCUCGAAAGAAGCUGUGCCAGAAUUCCCUCUGUCUCCCCCAAAGAAGAAGGAUGUGUCGUUGGAAGAGAUCCAGAAGAAGUUGGAAGCGGCAGAGGAGAGACGCAAGUCCCACGAGGCAGAGGUGCUGAAGCAGCUGGCGGAGAAGCGGGAGCACGAGAAGGAGGUGCUGCAGAAAGCCAUCGAGGAGAACAACAACUUCAGCAAAAUGGCAGAGGAGAAGCUGACCCACAAAAUGGAAGCCAACAAAGAGAACCGUGAGGCACAAAUGGCUGCCAAGCUGGAGCGCUUGCGGGAGAAGGACAAGCAUGUGGAAGAGGUUCGAAAGAACAAAGAAGGCAAAGAUCCCGGUGAGGCCGAGACCGACUGACUCCAUUCUGGAAACUGACUCUCCCCCUCCUCCAAAUAUCCAAAGACUGUACUGGCCAGUGUUUUAUCUUUGGUUUUUGUUCGGUUAUAUAUAUAUUUUUUUUUUAAGUUUCUUAGAAACUGAUGUAGAACUGUAAAAUUAGAUCCAAACUGUACACUUGCUUUGGGGGCUAGAGGGGAGACCUUCCAUGUGUCACUUUUCUAAAGUGUUGUAUUUCCAGUGUAGCUUUUUCUUCUUGUUGCAUCCUUUUCUACGCCAGUGCACUCGCUCUUGGGUUGAUGGCGAGUACUGUUUCAGCUCUGUAAGAACUUUGUGCAAGGAAUCUGUAGUAACUGUUCCACGCUGAAUAUCUGUUACACUUCAAACAAAAAUCUCUGACUGUCCAGUCUGCUAAAAUCCUGCUGUAACCGAGUGACUCAAUAAAGCUGCACAGUGCUGUUA